UUACUCCGUUUCCAUCUUUUAUAUGUGCGAUUUGUGUUCAGAGAAAUUCAUUGCAUAUUUCACAGGUGACCAAAAAUGAGGAACUGUACAACGUUUCUACCGUUGCUUAUGAGCCUGUUUUUCAAUGUGAAAUGCAACCCUAUAUCGCAGCCGGGAUACGAAAAUCCUCAGUAUGUUUCGCAAAAUGUUCCUACUAUUACUUAUAAGCCUCAGCAAAUACAUUACAAACCUGCAGCUCAACCAGCAAGACCAGUAUAUGAAGCCAAAGCCGAUGGUUUACAGUAUUACUCCAAUCAGCAACAACAGCAGCAGCAACAGCAAAAAAGUCCUCCUUCGAUCCAGACUCCUGGAUAUGGUCCUGUGAGGCAGGUUUUUGUUCCUACAAGCCAGGGUCCUAGAGAAAUCGAAGCCAACUUCUACGACCAAGUCCUGAAAGCCCAACAACAAGCGGCUUAUUCGAGAGCUCAGCCCCAAGCCCAGCAACAACAGCAACAUGUCAAAUACGUGCCACAGCCUCAGCAAGUCAAAUACGUGCCGCAGCCUCAGCCAAUCAAAUACGCGCCUCAGCCGCAGCAAGUCAAAUACUCACCCCAGCCUCAGCAAUACCAGCCCAGAUUUCAGCAACCUCAAAGGCCUAAACAAGCCGAAGAAGAGGAAGAAGAGGAACCAGAAGGUGAUUAUGAUCCAAACCCAUCUUACCAAUUUGGUUUCGAUGUGAAAGACGACCAGUAUACCAAUUACCAGACGCGCAAAGAAGAACGAGACGGUAAAAAAAUUACCGGCAGCUAUUCUGUUGUCGAUGCUGACGGAUACAUCAGAACUGUAAAAUAUACAGCUGAUCCUAAAGAAGGAUUUAAAGCAGAAGUGAGCCGUGAACCAACGGAUAUUAAAAUUAAAAUCCCCAAGCCUCAUCCACAGUAUCAGCAGAUUCCCAGCCAGCAACAUGCAGCUAGACAUCAACAGCAUCAACAUCAACCACAGUAUAUACAGGUUGGAGGACAAAGGGUUGCUCAACAAAGGGCCCAAGAAGACGAAAAUGUUGUUUAUCAAUAUCAAUAAUUGUUUUUUUUUUUUCUGUAGAAAUAUAUUUUGUACCAUAUUUAUUUCCUGAUUUAAGGUUACGUUGUUCAGUUACCAUUACUUUUGUUGAUGUGAUUUUUUUUUUGAAUUUCUAUUUUGUUAUUCUAGGGUUUAUUAGAAAUAUAGAAAAGUUUUCUACAAAUUGUUUUUGAGGUUAUGUAUACUGUUCCAGUUACCAUUACUUUUGAGGAUGUGAUUGGCUUUUUAUUUUAUUUUGUUAUUCUAGGGUUUAUUAAAAAUAUUCAAUGUGAAGAUCUUCUUAGAGACAUUAGCAGAUUCAAGUCGGAAAGACUCACAUAGUUUCGAAGAAUA